AUAAUAUUUUAUUUUAGGAUGCAUUAAAUAUACUCUGUGAUAGUUUAUUAGACAAAAAACGAUUAUUUGGUGAUUUUUCCGAAGAAGUUAUACAAAGUGAAUCACGUAUUGGUGCUAUUUAUUUACGUGAAUGUGAAUAUCUUAAUGCAGCUGAACAUUUAAAAGAGUGUCUUGAUCUUCAAGAAUUUGUUUAUGGUCCAAAAGAUUCUAGAACAUGUCAAACACGAGAUGCACUUGAAAUAUUAAAAAAAGAUCCAACAGUAUCUCGGACAUAUUUCUCUCGUACAAACGAUGGAAUACGACAAGGUCGACCAGCAUUUCGAUUAUCAAAUAAAGUUUCAUAUGCAAAAGAUGAUAAUGACGUAUUAUUGACAGUAACGAAAAAACCACCAAUUAGUUCAAAAAAUUAA